AUGGGAAAACAACGCGUCGUUACUGUGGUUCUUUAUGGAAUAAUUCUGUUUAAUUCUGCUACGAUUCUGAAGAGUAAGUAAACUGGGCCGCUUUGUUUCUUGCUUUGCGAGCUUCCCUUUUCGAGCGAUGUAAACUGUUCAUCAAUAUUUCUGCAACGUUCUGCAAUUGUUAGCGGAAAUAGAACAAUGUCAACUCGAUCGUAAGAACAUUUUUCUCGCAUUCUAUAGAUUUUUCCACUGCAGUCAAACUUCUGCUAACGGCCACCUCUCUACAACAGCCAUCAAGUUCUUGUGUCCCCAUCAUGGCCGUUGAAGAGAGGUUCAAAAGAAAUGUAAACUCUGAUAUUAAGCUUGGACGAGAGAGAAAACAAUAUUCACCCUAACAUAAUUCAAGUCAGAAAGGCAUUUUCGCAUAUUUAACUCUUAUAUAUUUUGGUUUCAUAGACAUUUAUACCAAGCACGUUGCAUCUUCGCUCACAUGCGCUAAUCUGAAGAAUGUUGGGGACCCUGUGACGGAGUGUUCUUCUGAGAUAAUUUCGGAUCAUUGCGCAAGAGUACUUGAUCACGUGGACACAAGUAAAGGACUUGUUCUUGGAAGGAAAAGAAACGAAAAAGGUGCUUGGUUUAAAGUAUUAAACGUUUCAUCGCAUAUCAAACAAAACGAGACGUUAUGCUGUUUCGUUUGUUCAGUUAGUACUUUCAGAGUAGUCUGUGUAAGACCAAGCGAAAACUGGUCGAGAGGGGAAUUGGGGUCUCUUGAAAACCUCGACAAUAGAGUAGUGUAAAAUCACGUUACGACAAUGAAAAUUAAGGCUUUGCCGUAAUUAAUUAUACUGUGGAAAACUGGUCUGGAACGCAGGCUAUGAAAAUUGACGGUCAAUAAUGGUCGAUCUACAAAUCUUUAAAAAAAAGGAACUCCCUUUAACGAUUUAAAACUCUACAAUAAAUAACUCCUUUUUAAAUAUGAAUCAGGUAACAACAAAACUGGAAACAAAAGAAAUUAUGAAAGUUUCCGCAAAUGAAAUGCCUUUGUUUCCGAUUAGAGAGAAGUAAAAAAGCCUCUUUUUAUCAAAACAGUUAAUUUUUAACGUACACACUUCUCAAAGCAUGAUCUUUGGAGUGUUAUUUUCAAACUUAACUGUGUUUUUUUUCUUGAUUCGCAGUUUAUCUGAGUAUUGGUAUUGUAAGCAUGGAUGGUGAAGAUGACAAUUUGCUGCAAACACUUCAAUCCUUGAAAACGCACAUGUCACCAUCGGAAAAAACCGAAAUCAUCAUAGUGAUAGCACUUGAUAGAGAAUCACAAGCAGGAAUCUCACAAAACAUAGAAAAGAAUUUUCAGAACGAGCUCGACAUUGAGCUGAUUCAAGUCAUACACCCAACGCAAGAGUUUCUUGGAAGGGUCAAUGCAAAAAGCACAGGAUGGAAACCAUGGUCUUUUACGGAAAAUUUUAAGAAGAAAACAGUAGAUUUUAACAAGAGACUUAUUUUUCUUUUCGAAUAUUGCUUUCGAAUGUCUAAAAAUGUUUUACUUUUGACAGGCCAAGCGCGUGCUGUCAGGCCCUACUUUCCGGUUAUUAAACAGCAAAUUGACAAUUUCGAAAAUCUAAGUUUAUCUUCCUAUGAACACAACUUUGGGAUGAAUGGACUUCCCGGUUUAGGACGGCUUUAUUCCGCACAUCUCGCCGCGGAUGUCGCCGAAUUUGGCGCAAUGUUCCCAGAUGGCCACCUACCAAGGUUAAUUAUAGACAUGUACACAGCUCUUAGACGUACUAUAAAAAUCUCCAACCAGAAGCGUGAAGAAGUCAUCUUCGCAUUUGGCAAGGAACUUCGCGGUGGUAAUCUUGAAAUAGAAUUUCAGACAACUUGUAGUUUUCCAGUGGGUCACGAAAUGGAGAAAGCUUUGUAUGACAAGAACGGAUUUGCCUGGGUGAAGACGCCCAAAAAAGAUGACAACAUCGUAAUGGUGUUUAUAGAACCCCUUCAAAUCUCGCGCGUGCGUGUAGUCAGUGGAAGUCCGUUGCUCAGGGAUACGAUGAGUGACAGCGUGCUCAUGGUGUGUGAAAAUAACGCGGAGACUGCAGGUUGCGAUGAUUCAAAAUGUACAGAAGUCGGCGAUUUUAGAGAUCCGAUCUUAGAUGUAAAGCAACUUGAGAAUUCCUUAACUUUCCCCGUAAAAUGCUUAAAAAUUGUUUUCAUAGGAGAAGUAAAGCACUGGAUUAUUAUUAGAGAGAUCUCAAUAUGGCCAAAAGCUUAG